CCCACGGUGGAGCUGCUGCUCCCCUGUCGCCCCCACUUCCUGCCAUCUUCCCCGAGACUCGCGGAGUCGGGUCCCAAGUAGGCAGUACCGGCGGCGGUGUCGGCAAGGGGACCGCGGCGGCGGGCCCGCGGCGGGAUGUUCCGAGGCCUAGGUAGUUGGCUUGGCUUGCAACAGCCCGCGGCGAGCGACGAGCAGUCCCCGGGAGACGCUCCACCCGAGCAGUCUCCGGAAACGGUGGCGGAGUCCACCGAGGAGGAGCGGCAGCCAGCGGAGGACCAGGAGCUCUUCCACCAGGCCAAAGAUCUUGGCAAUUAUCUAUUUAGCUUUGCAAGUGCUGCCACAAAAAGGAUAACUGAAUCAGUUGCUGAGGCAGCGCAGACAAUAAAGAAAUCUGUAGAAGAAGGAAAAAUAGAUGACAUUAUUGAUAAGACAAUUAUCGGAGAUUUUCAAAAGGAACAGAAAAAAUUUCUUGAGGAACAGCAGACAAAGAAGUCUGAAGCAGCUGUGCCCCCAUGGGUUGACAGUAAUGAUGAAGAAACAAUUCAACAACAAAUCUUGGCUUUAUCUGCUGUAAGUAUCUUGUGAUACCCUGGAUAGAACAUACUUUCUUCCUGUCAUGGUGCAUCUCUGUUGGCAUGACUUUAUCCUUAGCAGAAUUUUUU